AUAUCCAAAAAUGCAAAAAUAUCUCUAAAAGGCCAUUUGUAAUCAAUUGACAAGAGCAUCAAUAGCACAUUUUGGUUAAUCAUAAAAGCCACCUGUUAGAGUUGCCAUAACAGGUGCAGCUGGUUAAAUAGGAUACUCUCUUAUUUUCAGAGUUGCCAGUGGUGAAAUGUUAGGACCAGAUUAACCAGUUAUUCUUCAUUUAAUUGAUUUACCAUUUGCUAUGGCUGCAUUAAAUGGUGUUGUUAUGGAAAUUUAAGAUUGUGCUUUUCCAUUGGUUUAAGGAAUCGUAGCUACAGAUAAUUAAGCUGUAGGAUUCAAAGAUGUCAAUUAUGCUCUUUUAGUUGGUGCUAAACCAAGAGGACCAGGAAUGGAAAGAGGAGAUUUGUUAAAAGACAAUGGUAAAAUAUUUACAGAGACUGGAAAAUAUAUUAAUGUAUUAAAUAUUAUUUAUUCUAAGGAUAAUGCAAGUAGAGAUAUCAAAGUUGUUGUUGUUGGUAAUCCAUGCAAUACAAAUUGUUUGAUUUUAGCUAAUUAAAUCAAAGAUAUUCCUAAAGAAAAUUUCACAGCUAUGACUAGAUUAGAUCAUAACAGAGCACAACACUAAUUGGCUGAUAAAUUAGGUGUACAUUCAACUGACAUCAGAAAGAUUGCAAUCUUUGGAAAUCAUUCUCCAACUAUGGUACCAUAUAUUGAUUAAAUGACUGCUAAAAGUAUAAUAUUUUAAAUACAAUUUUAUAGAUCAUAAAGCCACAGUUGAUUAAUAAUGGGUUACAUAAACAUUCAUUCCAACAGUCUAAUAAAGAGGAGCUGAAAUCAUUAAAGCUAGAAAAUUAUCAAGUGCUGCAUCUGCUGGUAAUGCAGCCAUGAAUCACAUAACUACUUGGGUUAAUGGUACUGCUGAAGGUAUUUCUAAUAUCUUAAACUAUCAGGUGAUUAUACAUCUAUGGCUAUUCCAUCUGAUGGUAGCUAUGGUGUUCCAAAGGGAUUGAUCUUCUCUUUCCCUGUCACAGUUAAGAAUGGAAAAUAUUCCAUUGUCUAAGGAUUACCCAUUUCACCAUUCUAUUAAGGUUUAUUGGAUAAGACCAUCAAAGAAUUAGUCGAUGAAAGAAGUGCAGUUGACCAUUUGCUUAAAUGAUAUAUUAAUCAAAUUAUUAGUAAAAAUAAACAUCAAUAGCAC